GCUUCGUUGGCCAAAAGAUAUCCUGAAAUUAACGUCUCGGCGAGUGUGAUUGAAGAGGACGUGCUGAGAGCCGUAUCGAGGCCGAUUCAAGCGAAUAUUUUGACGAAACAACAGGAAUUGUUGAAUGGACCGCCGGCAUAUUUGUGGAAUUAUUUAAGGAGAUCGGGAAUGGUGCGUUUGGUAUUUAUUUGUGUGCUCGGCACUAUGAUAUAUAUUAUUUUUAUUAUUUUUAUUAUUGUUAUUGUUAUUAUUAUUGCUCUCGACACUAUCAUAUAUAUUAUUUUUAUAAUUUUUAUUAUUAUUUAUUAUUGGUCUCGAUGA